AUGGCUCUGGCAAGCAUCAAACUCGACGGAGGAACCGCCCUGGUCACUGGCACUGCAUCCGGAAUCGGCAAGGAGGUUGCCUUUGCCUUCGCCGAGGCUGGGGCCCAUGCGAUCGUGCUGGUUGACCUUCACGCGCCUGAUAUCAUGCUGGAAAAAUGUCGCCAAUAUGCCGCCCAUCCCGACUUGCGGCUUCUGCCGAUCGCGGCCAAUAUAACCGUUGAAAAAGACGUUGAGAAUAUGGUGCAGUCAGCUAUCAGUGCGUUUGGACGGAUUGACUACUGUGUCCAUUCUGCUGGGAUUGGAUGCAUCUCCCGCGCGCCAACCGAACGUCUCGACGUGGAGGCAUUCCAGCACACCAUGACCACCAACGCCAGCGGCACGAUGCUCGUGCUCCGAGCCGUCUCCAACCUAAUGGCUAAGCAGGAGCCUCGCACGUAUACCAGUCCACGAUCUAACGCUACCCGCAGUCUAGGACGCGGGGCUAUUGUCGUCAUCUCCUCGAUCCCCGGGAUCAUUGCUUCUCCGGACAUGAUGCCAUAUACGGUGUCGAAGCAUGCUGUGAUUGCCAUUGCCAAGACUGCAGCGGUCGAUAACUUUCGGCACAACAUCCGAGUCAAUAUUGUCGAUGGCCUCUCCUGGAUCAAAGGCCUCCGAGCCAUGUCGGCUCUGCAGAGAGCAGCCGUUCCGGAGGAAGUCGCGGAUGCAAUUGUGUUUCUGUGCAGUCCGGCAGCAACCUUCAUCAAUGGGUCGGCUCUGGUGAUUGAUGCUGGGAUGACUUUGACGGCACUUCGUAGCAACUUGUAG